CGUGAUCAGACCGUAGGCUGUGCUGCGAGUCGGAAGCGGACGCAUUCUGUGUGUCGCCCGUCGGCAUUUGUACGAUAUAACUGCUAAAAGCAGUUCGUGAGGACGGUUUUCUGUUCGCGCAUCAACUGACGCAAUGCCGAAGCUGUACGUGGGCAGCCUGCCCGAGGGGUGCGAUGUGGCUUCUCUCGAGGCCCUGUUCGCGAAGUAUGGCAAGGUGGAGGAGUGCGACAUUGUCAAGAACUAUGCCUUUGUGCACAUGAACUCCGAGGAAGAGUCCAAGGUGGCCAUCGAUGCACUGCACAAUUCAGAGUUCAUGGGUGGCAAGAUCACUGUCGAGGCUUCCCACAGUAAGGUGCGACCAAAGCCAGGCAUGGGUGGUCGUGGUCAGUGCUACCGUUGUGGCCGCCAGGGUCACUGGUCAAAGGAAUGCCCACGAAACCCGAACGCGCGCUUUGGCUCCGCGAUGCCCAUGAUGCCGCCUGGUGGUGGCCCAUUGGCGCGCUACCCUGGUGUUGGAGGCCCCGAGCGGCUGGGCUACGGCUCUGGUGGCCCCGACCGGUUCCUGGACCGGGGUGGGGCCUACAGUGACAGGGGCUUUGGGGCUGCGCCCGGCUAUGGCGACCGCAUGCGACCCUAUCCUGAUCCGUAUGAGCGCCGGGCUGCUCCGCCACCGCCCCCGUCAGCCGCUCGUGAUGACUUCUACUACUACCGCCGACCAUAUGAUGACUUUGGAAGCAGCUACUAUGGCUCUCAGGAUGGUCCAAGCCAGAGCUAUGGCAACGGCUACAGUUAUUCGACCGAGCGGACGGCGUACCCCAGCGCGUCGCGUACCCCCGCGUUCUAAUCGGAGAGCGCGCGCGCGCGUCUCUGCACGAGCGGACUCGGGGGCCGUCUUCUCCGGACGCGCUUCACGGACUGGCGGAGGUCGCGUCGUGGCUAGCCGGACUUUGUGCGUGUUCCGCCGCCGUGCUCUGCAGCAAGAGGCUCUCGCGACAUAGCACACACAUCUCACUCCUGUGAAGCUUUUUUUUUUUCCUCCUCCCUGCUUUCCCUCUCAUCACAAAAAAAAAAAAAGCAAAGCCUCAUUGAUGUCAUUGAAAAGUGUGUACAUGCCAUCUUUUUUUCUUUGAGAAACACCCCCUCGUCAUGUGAGUAGCAGACAUUUCUUUUCAUCACUGUCCAAGUAGAGCUGUUUCUUUCAUACUGACUGUGAAUAAAGGAUGCGGUGUGUCGCAGGCGUGCACCUUGUGUUAUGAA